UCGACGCUGAUUUCUUCUGCUGCGUCGCUUGACGAUGACGCAGCAGCUAACCGGUAGACAUGCGAGUUGUUUUUAAACGUUCUCCCAAUACAUGCAUGGUGUUAAACCGGAGAGAAGAUUAAAACAAAGCGUCUGCAGGGGAAGCUGCAGGGAUGCACGUGUCGGUGCGGGAAGUCCACGUUUCGUCGGAGCCGGACUCCUCCUUCUUCCUGCGGGUGGACUGGAAGGGGCGGGGCUUAGGUUCGGGCUUCCAGGUGCUGCUGACUGACGGGCAGGACGCUUGGAGAGGAGACGUGAGCGAGGCUGCGGUGUGCCAGGAGGCGGAGGAGCUGGAGAUGGCUCCGGAGAGGUACAUCCUGGACCUGGAGCAGGCGCUCACCGGGACCCAAAGCUCCGCCACGUACAGCUUCACGCUGGCGCCGUCUCCCCCCGACCGCCGCGCCGCGCUCACACUGGCCUACGAGAAGGUUCAGAAGGACAUCUCUUUUCGCUUGGGUUCUGUUCUGCUGAAGGCCGUCCCGGAGCCGGCGGAGGCUGUGAGCGAGUUCUUGAUCCACAGCCUGCAGCGGGGAAACAAACUGGAGCGCCUUAACCAAAAACUGGACGAGGAGAACCAAAGACUGAGACAAGAACAGCAACGCAUCACUACAGAAUUGAAGCGUUACGCCGAGGGUAAAGAAACCCUGGAAACAGAGCUGUACUCUCGGUUUGUUUUGGUCCUGAAUGAGAAGAAAGCUAAGAUCCGAAGUCUACAGGAAGCUGUCACACACCUGCAGGAAACCAGUUCGAGAGGACAGAAAAAGGAGGAUUCAGUCAAAUCGGACCGGACGGCCGGUCAGGAAGAGGAUGACUACGAAGGAAGUACCGAUGAGGAGCCGGAGGAAGUGAAGUCAACGGCAGCAGCCUCCACGUCAUCGACCCGGGGACGCUCCUCUGCGAGCCCAUUGGACGACAGCCUGAAGGACAUCCCAGACGUGGCCCCCUGUCGCAAGCGGCGCCUCCGCCACCUCGAGGCGCCGGACGCCGAGCAACCGAGCUCCCACAGAAAGAGGACCAACCCCCAAGGAGGAUCCAGUAAGCAUCAGAUUCCCCCGCAGCGCUCUACAGAUGCUGCUGCACCAAAUGCUAACGUUGAGGAUCUGUUUGAUGACUUUUGACUGGACUGUACAGAGAGAGAGUGUUUAUUGGUUGGUAAAUGUUUCAUAUUUUUAUACAGACUAUAUAUAUAUUAAGGGUCAUGGAUUGCAGUGGAUUUGUUAAUUUAAUUGUUACUGUAGCAACGUACAGAUGGGUGACAAAUGGAGGGGGAAGUGGGAUGUCGCUCCAGCCUCCACAACAGCUUCACAGUUUCUUUUUUGUAGAAAGUGAAACUGUACUGAAGGAAAAUCAUUCUUCCAAAAAUAUUCCCUCAUUUUGUGUUUUGAUGGGUGUUCAACCACUUCAAGAAUACCUAAACUCGAGAACAACCUAAGGAUCCUAAAGUAUCUAAAUAACUUUAAAACACACUAAAGGAUAGCUAGAACCAACUAAAUUAACUUUAAAACACCCUCAGCGAUAGGUAGAUCCACCUAAAUGAAGUUUAAAACACCCUGAACGAUGGGUAUAACCACCUACAUUUACUUUAAAACAUACUAAACAAUGACUAGAACCACCUAAAUGAACUUUAAAACACACUAAAGGAUGACUAGGUCCCCCUAAAUUAACUUUUAAACGUCCUACAGGAUAGCUAGAACCACCUAAAUGAAUUUAAUAGCACCCUAAAUGAUAGCUAAAACCGCCUAAAUGAACUUUAAUACACCCUACAGGAUCUCUAAAACCACCUACAUGAACUUUAAAACACCCUAAAGGAUAGCAGGAUCCACCCAAAUGAACUUAAAACACUUAAUGAUUGCUAGAACCACCUAGAGAUCCAUUGAAACCAUUCAAAAUGAUCUCUGGAACCAUUUAAAGAUCAUAAAAGAUCACUAGAAUUAACCAAAUAAACCUUUUAACAUUUUAAUGAUUGCUUGAAACUACAAAAAUGAGCCCUUGUACCUCCUACGGGACUAUUGAACAAUCUAAUGCAGGGGUCUUCAACGUUUUUAGGCCAAGGACCCCUCAGCUGAAAAAGACACGGAGCAGGGACCCUUUACUAAAUAUAAUGUAUAAAAUUGAGUUGCAUAUUAAACUGGACCUAAAAUAAUGUGUAGGGUGGCCUAGAGCCUUUAUAUGCCUUUUUAUGGUGCAUACAAUACUAAGCUAUUAACAUAACAUCUAAAGCCCAGUUCGGACCUGAGAUGCGAGAUACGAGACGAGUUUUCAACAUGACAUCAUGACUUCGCGUAAACAUACACGCCCACUUUCUUAUGCCAAGUGGCAUGUUAUCUGUACGCAUGUUAAGCUAUCCACUUGUAUGUCCACACUGUAUACAGUAGACGUAAAUGUACACGCCACUUCCUCCAAGUGCCGUGUUAUCUCUUAAACAUACACGCCCACUUUCUUCAGCCAAAUGCCGUGUUAUCUGUACACAUUUUGAGUGCCGUAUAUAGUGGA